UCUGUUAUAGUCUUGUUUUGUUUUGAUGUCUGAGUUUUGAAUGGUCCGAUGCGCUUGAAGUUGUGGAGCGUUGAACUUUGAAAAUGCUUCAGAAAUUUGAUUUAUAACGUGUGUUUGUAGGUUUUUAUGUGGUCUAUGGGCAUCUAGUUUUCUUGUCGAUCGUUAUCAAUAUAAAUGGCAGAAACUGCUCAAAAUUUGACGGAAGGUCUUUCCGUAUCAGAAGCAGUUGUAAAAAAAGAUGCUUCUGAAAUUUCAACGGACACAGAAAUAACUUCAGAUGGUAAAAAUGUGAAGCAAAUUAAGUGUCAAAGAUGUCCAUCUACAAUAUUAAUCCCAGGGAUGGCAACUUUGGUUACUAGUGAAUUUGUAUUACCAGAUGGACAUCUGAAAGAAGAAAAUGACCCAAAAUCAGUUGAUAACAUGAAUAAAUAUUGGCGUGUUGAUAAUAUGUAUUCUUUUGAAAAUGUUGGAUUUAGCAAAACAGUAGAUGGAGUGAAAUAUCUAAUAUGUGCUGAUUGUGAAAUUGGCCCAAUAGGCUAUCAUGAUUUGAAUACAAAACUUUCAUAUGUAUCCCUUUGUAAAAUUACGUAUUGUUAAAAACCCUUAUGGAAUCUGAAAAAUCAGAAAUUUUAGUGAUUAGUUUGAAAUUCCCAUCCUUAUAUAAGGUACUAUUUAUUCAGACACCAAUUAGGAAAAAAGUAACCUUAAAAUUUUCUAUAUUAUUGUGCCCAGUAGUAUAGAAUAGAAACAGAAUGUAAUAUUUUUUCUGUGUGACUGUGAGUUGAACAAUAAAUAUUAAAACACUGAAAACUAUCAAUUUAAGGUCAAGCAAACAAAUUUAUUUUUCAGAAUUUUAUGCCUUUAUCAAAUCAUUAU